AUGACGUACCUGUGUGCCACGGGCCCAGUCAACAUCUUAAAUGCAUGCGUCUUCCCACUGCGCAUCCUCUGGUGUAGAUGCUCCCUGGUCCAUCAUGUGGUUGUCAACAGCUCCAGCUUCUCCUGUUACGCGUUCAUCCUGGCAGGCAUCCCGGGGCCGGAGGUUUCCCACAUUUGGCUCUCCAUCCCUUUCACUUGCAUUUACAUUGCGUCCCUCACAGGGAACUGCACAGUCCUCUUUCUCAUCAGGACCGACCCAAGCCUCCAGGAGCCCAUGUACCAAUUCCUAUCCAUGCUGGCCACCACCAGUUUGGCUUUGUCUCUGUCUACAAUGCCAACUGUGAUGAGUGUUUUCUGGGUCAGCUACACGGAAAUCAGGUUUGAUGCCUGUUUUGCUCAGCUUUAUUUUGUUCAUUCCUUCUCCUUCAUGGAGUCCUUGGUACUUCUGGCCAUGGCCUCUGAUCGCUAUGUGGCCAUCUGCUACCCGCUGAGAUACUCCUCCAUCCUCACCAGUGCCAGGAUAGGCAGGAUCGGGCUGGCUGCCCUUUCCAGAUACCUCUUAGGAGGGCUGCCAUCACUCUUCUUGCGGAGAAGGUUGCCCUUCUGCCAGUCCCAUGUGCUCUCCCACACCUACUGCCUGCAUCAGGACCUGAUCAAGCCGGUGUGUGCGGACAUCACAUUCAAUAGUCUGGUCAUCCUCAUAGUGGUACCAGACCCAUUGCUCAUUGUUUUGUCAUGUAUUAUGAUUUGUAAGACAAUUGCCAGCAUCGCAUCCCAAAGGGAGCAUCUCAGCUUUGAAAACUGCCUGUCCCAUAUCCUGGCAGUCCUGAUCCUGUACAUCUCCAUGGUUGGCUUGUCCAUGGUUCACCAUUUCAGCAAGCAUGCUUCCCCUCUCGUUCAUGUCCUCCUGGCCAGCGUCUACCUUCUGUUUUCCUCCAUGCUGAACCCCAUCAUCUACAGCAUAAAAAUAAGGGGCAUCCUCAAGGUCCUUAUGCCAAGGAAGAGCUUCUGCCUUGCACCACAGCACAUGAAGUGCAAUUUCUCACUGGUUAGACAGGGCUCAGCCCUGCGAAGCACCGGGUGUCCAGACCUGACUCAGUGGUUCAUAAAUGCCCCACCAGAGAUAGGGCUGCUGGUGGCCAUGUCCUUCCAUUGCUUCAUUGCCAUCUGUAACCCACUGCACUGCAUGUCCGCCCUCACUGGCACCAGGAUCCUGGGCACAGGGCUGGCUGCCACAGGUCUGUGUGCUGUUAUCCUAGUCUUUGGAAUGGAUUCACCGCUCAUUGUCAUCUCCUACGUUAUGAUUUGGACAACCAUCAUCAGUGACACAUCUCAAGGGCAGUAUCUCAAAGCCCUGCGGACCUGUGUCUUCCGUGUCUCUGCUGUCUCCACCAUACACUGGCUUGGGGAGGACCUUCGUCUUCUUCUGAUGUCCAGUACUUACCUCUCUCUGUCUCCUGUUCUCAACUGUCUCAUUUACAGUGUGAACAACAAAGAUAUUUGAAAGGGCAUCCUCAGGAUGACCUCCAGGCAGCAGACCUAA